ACACGAUCGAGUACACGAACGCUAUGGCACCAACACACGAGGGCGCGAGCAGCAGCAGCGCUCACAGCACGGACGAGAAGGAGCGUAUCGCUUCCCCAGUCGCGCCUUCAGCACCAGGGGCUGCACCGGUCUUGGAGGUCACGAACGCGGACUAUGCUCUCGCUGUCAGCGAGCAGAAGCUCGACCCGUACAGCUGGUCAUCUAUCAGACUAUUCGCAAUCUUGGCGGUCGCGUUUAUGGGCAGCAUGUCGAAUGGAUUUGACGGUCAAGUCAUGGGCGCGGUGAAUGGCAUGCAACAAUACUUGGAUUACUUCGACAUAUCCGGCGACGAUGCAGGCGGAGGAGUUGGCACUGUGACUGCCAUCAUCUUCGGUAUUUACUACAUUGGUCAAAUCGCGGGUAUGGCCGUGGCGGGACCCAUUGCUGACCGUCUCGGUCGCCGCGGUGGCAUGUUCUUCGGCGCAAUCAUCAUCGCCGUUGGCGCCAUCGUCGUCACCGUGGCGAAGGACACCGAUUACCUGCUUGGCGGUCGCUUCGUCCUCGGAUUCGGCGUCUCAAUCACUACGACAGCGUGCCCUGCAUACGUCGUAGAGAUGUCACCACCACAGUGGCGUGGUAGACUCACGGGCUUGUACAACACUUCAUACUACGCGGGUUCAAUUCUUUGCACUGGAAUUGCCAUCGGCACGGAGCAGCUGCAGAGCACGACGUCCUGGCGCUCACCACUCGCCAUCCAGCUCGUCCCAGCCGGCAUCCUUAUUAUCUUCUCUCUCUUCCUCCCCGAAAGCCCCCGUUGGCUCCUCGCUACGGGCAAACCCGAGCAAGCCCGCGCCAUCCUCGCCAAAUACCACGGCGCAGGCGACCCGCAUGCUCCCCUCGUCGAGCUCCAAUGGCGCGAAUUCGAGGACGCGAUCAAGCAGAACGCCAGCGACAAGCGCUGGUACGACUACUCCGAGCUCGUCAACACCCCCAACGCACGGUAUCGGACAUUCAUGAUGCUUCUCAUGGCCUUCUUCGGGCAGUGGUCCGGCAAUGGCCUCGGCUACUUCCUCACCGUGCUCUUCAAGAACUCGGGAGUCGAGUCCCAGCGCGCGCGUCUCGUCCUCAACUUCGUCAACACCAUCGUCUCCGCUGUUGGCGCGCUCAUCGGCACGAGCCUUACGGACAAGGUUGGGCGCCGCAGAAUGUGGUUCUGGGGUACGCUCUGCAGCGCUGCCAUGCUCGCGAUUGCGACGGCGUGCACGGCGGAGUUCGGCGAGACCGGGAGCAGCAAGUCGGGGAGUAACUCGGCGAUUGCGUUCAUUUUCCUGUUCGGCUUUGUGUACAGCUUGACGUACACGCCGCUACAAGCCUUGUACCCGGCUGAAGUCCUUCACUACAACACGCGCGCAAAGGGCAUGGCUUGCUAUUCCCUCGCGGUAUCUUGCGCCAGCUUCGUCAACACGUACGCUGGCCCCAUCGCACUUGAGCGGAUCAAGUGGAAGUACUACAUCGUCUACGUCGUCUGGGAUAUCUUCGAAUGCUGCAUGAUCUGGUUCUUCGCCGUCGAAACCAAGGGGCGAACAUUGGAGGAGCUCGACGAGAUCUUCACCGACCCCCAUCCCGUUCGGGCGUCCAUACGCAAGCGGAAAGUUGCAGUCGUUGAGGGCAACGGGGAAAAGCAGGUCGUCGAGGUCGCACAGGCGUAGCAAAUACAUAGUAUCAUUGGACAAAGGAUGUAUAUUUUGGGAUAUAAUUCGGUUCCGGGUAGCACAGGCAUUGUAUUCUUCAAUUCAAACGCAAUCAUAUCAACCCCAAUCGAGGCUUUCGACGAG